CUUGGGAAAACAGUGUUCCAUUGCGCAUCAUCAUCCGUACGUGAAGGACUUCAUGACUUAGGAUUCACAAAAAUGACCAGUGAACUAAAGCUUCAUUGGAAGUGCAUAUAUGGCACAGUAAUCAUCCUGUAUGUCGCCUUACCCGCGCCAUUAGAUGCAAUGGAAAGGAUACAAACCUGCCACAAGAAUUUGUUUGGACUCAACUACACCUUACCAAUGUUCAACGAGUGUCUGCCGAAGCAACACACCAACGGCAGUAUGGUACAGAUGAUUCCGAAGCUCAUCCCUGUUUCGACAGCGACUAACGGUUGUCCCAGACGGAAUGGAAAGUUCGGAGUUCCUCCCGGAUACAGAGCAUGCAGAUUUCCUGAUUGUGACAAGAAGCUCUGUGAAAACGGCUGGUGUGAGGAGACCAUGGAGAGUUAUCUAUGCCACUGUUUACCUGGAUUUCAAGGGAAACAUUGUAAUGAGCAAGCACCAUCACUUAUGACUGACUUCACGGACAUGUCUACGAUCAUACCGGCCGAAUUGACGCAAGUCACCGCCACGGCCGUUCCUAGCCUCCCACGUGACUGUGCAGAGAUUCAGACUGGUGGCCUAUCCCAUCUCAGUGGAGUGUAUCCCAUCUAUCCCGAUGGAGCUGGAGAUGACCCUCUCUUCGUUUACUGUGACAUGGAAACGGACGGUGGCCGCUGGACGGUCUUCCAGCGUAGACAGGAUGGUUCUGUUGACUUCUUUCUUUUCUGGUCCAACUACAAACACGGCUUUGGAAACGUUUCCUUCGAGCACUGGCUAGGUAACGACAACAUCCACCGUCUAUCCCGUCAGAAGACCUACGAGCUCCGGAUCGAUCUCGAAGACUUCGAAGGACAUACACGCUUUGCCACCUACAGCAAUUUCAGUAUUGCGGACGAGGUCGCAAAUUACACCAUGGCCCUUGGCAGCUACUCCGGAGACGCAGGUGACAGUAUGUCGUAUCAUGCGGAUUUUCCGUUCAGUACACAGGACCGCAAUCCUUAUAGUGAGGUAUGGUUACUCUGCGCCAUUCGUAGGAAAGGGGCCUGGUGGUACACUGACGGGUAUAAUGAUUGCCUUCGUGCUAACCUCAACGGCGUUUACAUGAAAGGUCCAAUCGCACUGGCGAAACAAUCCGCGGGUGUGGUCUGGCGUUCCUGGCUCGAUUAUGGAUACCUUAAGAAGACGGAGAUGAAGCUUCGCCCGACGUAAAUUAAAAAGGCUUGUGAUAAGAAGGGGCCGGUUCAUCGCGGGGUUUCGAAAGAACGAGCACCGCAUUUCACAUGUUGUAUCUUAUCACACACAGCUUCUCAGCUUUUUUCCCUUUGAGAAAGACGCAAAUUACAACACCCUCAAAGCAGUUUUACUUAUUUUCAUAUCAUUUUAAUAUAAAGGGAGUUACGACAUGUUGCUUUAGUAAGUGUUCACAAAUGUUUGCUUAAAUACAUAAUAAUCAUGAAAUAAUAUUUUACAAGAAUUUGAACUACGAAAAAGAUGCAGUGAAUUACAUACUGUAUAUUCAUGUAUUUAUGAAAGAGGCAGAAAUGUUACCUUUGCGCUUUGUACAUAUUAUUAAUUUGUAUAUGAUGUGUUAUACAAAUAUUUUCAUUGCUCAUGUUAAUGACGAAAUCGUCAUCGCCUUGUUUUUGUUCACAUUCUGCCCCAUUAAUAUUCUUCUUCUUCGUCUCCUUAGUGUUUUCGUCAGAAAAUCGCAUUCGUUUUCCACAUAGUGCUUGUUAUUCCUAGUUAGGGGCUUUCCUCAAGUCCAUUUCCAUUCAAAUUUCAUAGGCUUAGUCUUUAACAUCUCAUCAAGGUCACUACAUUCCUCAAUUUUCGAAAUCACUCAUGCA